AAUUGAGACGCCGAGUAGUAAACAUCGUUGUUUAGAGCUGCGGAACAUAAUAACAAUUGUGUUGUGAUUAUUGCAAAAGUGAGUUAUAGCUGAUAGACUAGUGAAUCCAUCCGUUACGUUACGUAUGAGAUCACCGGUCAGGGCGCCAUAUGGAUUAAUUCCGGAAUUCGAGGAAGUGGGAGAAGAGCAGGAGCAAUCAUCAUCUUCAGGACAGGUCCAGGAGUCCCCUACAAUGGAGAAACCAGCAGAGCAAUCUACAUCAAAGGUAAUCAGCAAUGAAUUUUCAAAGGAUUAUGAACUUUUAAAGCAGAUAAAGCACGAACUUAAUCUAUGGGCGGAAGCGGAAUAUGAAAAAAGAAAAGUUCUGAGGGCUGAUUUCGACAGAUUUAUUUCAAUAACUAAUGAAUUGUCGGAAACAAUCGUCAAACUAGAAACAAGGUCAGUGACAAUUUCACAGCUAGCGGCAGGGCUCGGAAACACUAAUAAGGGUAUUCAGGAGUCCCUUAAAAAUAUAAAUAAGGCGGUAGACACUAUGAAACAAAGUGAAAGUAGGCCUAUGUUAAGCUAUGCUGAUAUGGUGCAGUUGCCAGGAAAAUUGAAGGACAAUAAAGUUGCAGGGAACAAUGUUAGGAAACUACAACCACAGGAGCAUAUAGUUAUGUUGCAGCCAGUCAAACCAGUCCUGAACGAAGUGGAAAACAGUAGAAUUAUUAAAAAUGUAUUGCGGGAGAAUAUCAAAAACAAAGACGAUAUUAGAGUUAAAAAGACCGUGAAUGUUAGAGGAGGUGGCCUCAUGAUUUUUCUGAAUUCGGAAGAGGACAAGAAGAAAAUCAUUGAAAAUGAGGCGUUGAAGACUGGAAAUAUGAAAAAUUUGAAAAUAGUUGAACCACAGAAUAGGAAGCCACGUUUAAUAAUUUACGAUGUCCCUAGUGAUUUAAGCAAAGAGGAACUAGCCGAGAGUAUUUUCAACAAAAACUUUGCUAUCUCUGAACUAGGAAAAGAAUCAUUUUUAAACGGAUGUAAGCCUCUCUACAAGGUUGGACCAAAGAACAAGGAAGUAGUUCAUUGGAUCAUUGAAUGUGAGCCCGAGAUAAGAAGAAUUCUAAUAAAUAGGAAACGAGUCUUUGUCGACAUGACUUCUUGCAGGUUAAAUGACUUUAUUUCGGUUCAACGGUGCUUCAAGUGCCAGUGCUUUGGUCACGUUUCAAAGUAUUGCAAAAAAGAAAGUGAAGUCUGCGGUCACUGUGCUGAAGAUCAUAGUACUAAAGAUUGUCCAAAUACCGCCAAGGAAGCAAUAUGUAGCAAUUGUAAGAAGAACAAAAAGCCAUCAAAUCAUAAAGUUCACGAUCCACAAUGUCCUAGCCACCAGAAAUCAUUGCAGCAAUUGAUUGAAAAGACUAAUUAUGGGAUUGUUUAAAAAUAUAUAUUGUUCUCAAAAAAUAAUAAAU